GCCUGCCUCCUCACAGCCACACUCGUUUCUGACCUUUGGACUGUACGCGUGUAACUUGUCUCGUGACAGCCAUCAUGGACGUCCACGGAGUAUCAAACUGCGAUCGCAUGGAUUACGGCGACCUCGACCACAUGGAGCCCAAACACGGGAAAAUGUUACCCUGCCAAGACGACCGCUUCGACAGUGGCCUGGAAUCGCUGAAGGAGGAUGAUCUGGUGAACGAUUUGGAAGAGUUGCGCGUGCGCGAAGAUCUCGUUCACGAAUACGAGCCUUGGAGAGGUGUCGUGACCGACGACGGCGACACGCUUCUCCACUUGGCCAUCAUUCAUGAAGCCUCCGAUCAAGCCCAACAGAUGAUCAAACUGUCUCACAAUCACCCCUUUCUGAACGCACAGAACCACCAAAGACAGACGGCGCUGCAUUUAGCUGUGAUCACCGAGCAGCCCCAGCUGGUGGAACGGCUCCUGAAGGCGGGCUGCGACCCGCGGCUGACCGACGACUGCGGUAACACGCCGUUGCACAUAGCCUGCAAGAGAGGCUCCCUCGCCUGCUUCGGCGUCAUCACUCAGACAAGCCAGCGCUACCUCACCUCCAUCAUCUCCUUCCCCAACUACAGCGGACAUAACUGUCUUCACCUUGCGUCAAUUCACGGCUACAUUUCAUUAGUGGAGAAUCUAGUUGGGCUGGGCGCAGACAUCAAUGCCCAAGAACAAUGCAGCGGGAGGGCAGCUCUCCAUCUGGCUGUGGAUGUCCAAAACCCAGCACUGGUCCGUCGCCUUCUUGACCUUGGCGCUGACGUAAAUUGCCUCAACUACGGUGGUUUCACGGCGUACCACCUCACCUACGGCAGACAAAAUGAUGAUAUACGCCAGCAGUUAUACGAGAAAACAGCACAGGAGCUGAGGGCCUUGCCCGACAGCGAAUCCGACGAGAGCGAUAUGGACGAUCUGGACUUGACUGAAGAUGAGUUAUAUGAUGACAUCAAGUUUGGAAAGUAAAGUCCAACGAAAUCCUGCCACUGGGGGUGUCAGAAGAGCUGCUAGUGGGUCCCCGAACCACGGCCCAAUGAAAGGACAAACACCUGCCUAGGAUGUCCAAAAAGUGCUGGCCCGGGAUCACAAGAAGGAAGACGUCGUCUGCGCUGGUCUAAUUGAUCCAGAAAACAGAACUCAAUUCCCAGAACACACAGCGAGACCAGCAUAUAUGUUCAUGUGUUCUCUCUGCAAUACUGUAUAAGGAUACCAUGAUGUGAAUAUACCAGACUGGUCAUUUGUAGUAAAUUGUAAAUACAGAGAUAUUAUUUU